AUGUCAGAAGAUUUCGGCCCGUUGGCAGGCAAUGAUGAUUUCGCAAAGGCAUUUGCUCAAAGGAGGAUUUCCAGUUCUGUCGAUCCAUGGAAUACAGGGUCCACUACGAAUUCAAAUGCUCAUUCUCCAGUAUCGGUAUCUCAAACUAGAACGGUGGACCUGGCCGCUAGCAUGACAGCCGAUGAUGAUCUCAUAUCCGCACACUUAUCAUCAUCAAACAUGUUUGAACGACCAUCGACAAAACACAGCAAUAAUCAUACAACAGACGACACUUCACCAUCGUCUACAUCCACAGGCCCAUCUUCAUCAAUCGAAUCAGACGAUCCAUGGAGUCAUCAGGGAGCUACUCCUGCCAGGAAACAAGCUUUAAUAGCUAGUAAACCUGUAUCUGUCUCAGAAACCGAAGGAUAUGUUCCAAGUUCACCUCCAUCACAUAAUCAAAGGCAUGUCGAGUUUGGUGGUGUGUCGUUUGCUGAGACUCCUCCUCAGAGACCACAUGUGAAGAGUACAAAGUUGCCUGAUUUGACGAAUUAUGUUGCAACGGCGUAUCCAGUCAAGGUCAUGACGGCUCCUGAGAAGGGUGGUGUGGUUUUCAAGCAUGUGCAAUAUGUUGUUGAAUGUUCGCUACCACCUGCACGCGUGCUUCGACGGUACUCGGACUUCGUAUGGCUGCUAGACGUUCUCAGCAAGCGGUACGCAUUUCGAUCAUUACCAAGUCUCCCUCCCAAAAAAGUCAAUGCUCAAUCAGACGAAGCCUUCCUUGAACGCCGACGUAGAGGUCUAGCUCGCUUUUCAACCUUCAUAGUUAACCAUCCUGUGUUGAAGGAAGAUGUAACAGUUGGAGCAUUCCUACAAUAUGGAUCAGAUAUUGCCACGUAUAAAAAGGGACACAAUCUGCCUAUUGAUGAAGAAUAUGUCGAUGCAGAUUUCGGUCCAGCAGAAAUGGACUCGCUACCUUCUGACUUGGAUGACCGAUUGGCUAGUUUGAAGGGCAAUCUGGAUUUUCUGAGUGAUCAGUAUAAGGAGUUAUGCACGCUUAUGGAAAAGAUAUCGAGAAGGGCAGAUGGAUCCUCCCAGGACUUUAUGAGAUUUGGAUUUGUGCUCAAUGCAUUGACUGAGAAGCCAGAUUGUCAAGAACCAGAGUGUUUCAACUGUCCUCAAAUCAAUCAUGGAUUUUCUCACAUCGCUGGAGGCUUACAGAAAAUAUCACGCCUCAUGGAAGAAGAAGCGUCCAGCACCUUUGAUGGGGUGCUCGAGAGCCUGAAAGCUCAUCGAGAUUUGCUCAUAUCGUUGCAGGAAUUGUUUCAACGACGUGACAAGGCGAUCAUUGCACAACAUGCAGCUAUUGAUGCCCUCAAGAAACGCAUGACACAGAACGAUACCAAAGCAAAAGAUCUUGCAUCAAAAGGAGGACAGCAGAAGGAAGUUGAGAGGUUGGAGAACUGUAUCAUUCAGGAUCGUCAUGAGCUUGAAUGGCAGUCGCACAAGAUUGAUUUCAUACGUUUCGCAUGCUGGCAAGAAAUGACAUGUUAUCAUGCUAGAAAAGGAUUUGUCUCUGGUCUAUAUCAAAACUAUGUUCGAGAUCAGGUGAAGUACAGUCAGCAAAUGUCAAGUAUAUGGGAAGAGCUUGGGGCCAACAUAUCUGAAUUGCCAACAUCUUUCUAA